AUGGAUUCAUUUGGUGGUACUUGGAGGUUUUUGAGGCAAAAAAUGGGCUUUCUGGGAAUGUCUACACUAAAUGAAGAGCUUGUCUUCUUAGUCUUGCAGUUUUUGAAAGAGCGAGGUUAUAAUGAAACUGCACAUACACUUGAGCGUGAAAGUGGAUUUUACUUCGACAUGAAAUAUUUGGAGGAUAUGGUGCUUAGGGGGAAAUGGGAUGAGACUGAGAUGUAUCUUUCUGGUUUCACACAUUUCAGCUGCAAUACUAUCUCCGAUGUUUGUUUAUGGAUCAGGGCGCAGGAAUAUUUUGAGGCAAUUGAAAACAAUGAUAGUGACAAGGCUUCAGGUAUACUCAUGAACAAUUUGAAGGUUCUUGCCUCGCGUCGUAAGGGCCUGUUUGAGUCAAUGGAACAACUUUUUAAAUCUGAAAAUAAAAAGGAACAUAUAUUGUAUUCUCAAUAUAAGGGUACAGAGGUUGGAAGGACACUGACAAUGGAUCAUGUCAAGAAAGAUAUUGGGGCAGAUUCUCUUCUCAGUGGCAAACUGAAGUUUCCUAUCAACCAAAGUAACAGGUUAUCCAAUCUCAUUAUACAAAGCUGGAAAUGGCAGCAUCGACACUGUAUACAUCCAAAUCCAAUUAUAAAUACCCUUUUUGUGGAUCAUGUUUGUCAACCACAAUACAACUUGUCAAUCGCCCAACCAGCUGUGAAGAAAUCAAUUGCAACAUCACUUGUCACUUAUCCUGGUCAAAGUCACAUCUCAGUGCCCAUACCAGAUGACAUUCCCAAGACUCUUGCAAGGACACUGAACGAGGAAUCAUCUCCAAUGAGCAUGGAUUUUCAUCCUGUUUUGCAAACUCUUCUGCUAGUUGGAACAUGUGCUGGAAGCAUAGGGCUGUGGAAUGUAAGUUCUGGGAAAAAAUUUCUUUCAGUAAAUUUUAAGGUUUUGGAUAUUGGAGCGUGCUCAACAACAUUCAAGGAAGCUCUACUGGAAAAUCCACUCGUUUCUGUCAAUCGUAUCAUGUGGAGUCCUGAUGGUUUGUUCUUUGGGGUUGCAUAUUCAAAGCAUAUUCUGCAAGUAUUUUCUUAUUCUGGUGGACAUAAAGUGUGGCUGAAAUUGGAGACUGAUGCUCAUGUUGGUAACGUAAAUGAUCUCGCAUUCACUGUCCAUCACAGGCAACUGUUGGUCAUAACCUGUGGAAGUGACAAUAAAACUAAGGUGUGGGAUGUGCAUGAUGGUACCAAUGUUUUUACUAUUGGUGAUCAUGGUGCUGCUGUGUAUUCUGUCUGUCCUCAUACCAAGAAAGUUUUUCAUUAUGUCUUCUCAACAUUCGUGGAUGGCAAAAUGAAGGGAUGGCUAUAUGAUAAUGAUAAUAAUUUUGUGAUAGCUGUAUUUGAUUAUGAUACGCCUGGUCUUGGAUGCACAAAACUGGCUUACAGUACUGAUGGGGAAAUUAAUGUUGCUGUCAUGGAAUACUUUGCUAGGUUGUUUUCAUGUGGGACCAAUAUAAAUGGACAGUCCUUCCUUGUUGAAUGGGAUGAAAGUGAAGGAACGAUAAAGAGAACUUACCAAGGACUUACUCAAAAUUCCUUUUCUGUUGUGCAUUUCGAUACAACCAAGAACCAGUUUUUAGCAGCCGGUGACAAUCACAUUAUUAAAUUUUGGGAUAUGGACAAAGUUGAGCUUCUGGGAGCUAUUGAUGUGAAGGGAGGCCUGCCUGAAAAACCACAUAUUCGCUUCAACAAGGAGGGAACAUUAUUGGCUAUUUCUGCAAAUGAAAACAGAAUCAAGAUCUUGGCAACAGAUUGUGGUCUUCAGUUGUUGCAAACUCCUGAAAAUGGUGCUGGAGUGCCUCUCAGUUACAUUGUUUACCCGCUUGCUAUGGCUGCAUAUCCACAAAAUCCAACCCAGUUAUAAAGUUGGCCGAGUUAAGGAGAUAGGGAAAGGAAGAGAAGGAAACGUGACUAGCACUAAAUUGGGUAUAUUCUUAGCCACCUUUCUUUCUACUCUCUUUCUUGACCAAAUAUUAAAACAUACCUAAAGAAUGUACUUGUGUAGAUAAAUGGACUUACAUACACUUACUAGUUAGCUAUGAUCCCCAGAUAAUAUACCAGCUGUGAAACCUGGGCAUUUAUAUCUAUAGAUAUUAAGCAUCGAU